AGUUAUCACGAUCCCCUGACAUGCUCAGGCCUGGCUGACCUAACCUGGUGUGUGUUUUAUUUUGGAAGUAGGUUUGCACGUCCUCACGGCUUGGUCUGGAAGACUGAAGGAUGCCAAAGAAAGCAAGGCCUGCGGGAGACGGGCAGGAAAGGGGGCCUGUCCCCUGUAAGCAGGUCAGAGUGGAGGCAGCCGGGAUGCCGUCCUCUUUGAACUUUGACAGCCCCAGCAGUCUCUUUGAAAGUUUCAUCUCUCCCAUCAAGACAGAGACUUUUUUCACGGAGUUCUGGGAGCGGAAGCCUCUUCUCAUUCAGAGAGAUGACCCUGCACUGGCCACGUAUUACCGAUCCCUGUUCAGGCUGACAGAUCUGAAGAGUCUCUGCAGCCGGGGACUGUACUACGGAAGAGAUAUAAAUGUCUGCCGAUGUGUCAGCGGGAAGAAGAAGGUUUUAAAUAAAGAUGGCAAGGCCUACUUUCUUCAGCUGAGAAAAGAUUUGGAUCAGAAAAGAGCAACGAUUCAGUUUCACCAGCCUCAGAGAUUCAAGGAUGAGCUUUGGAAGAUCCAGGAGAAACUAGAAUGUUACUUUGGCUCCUUGGUUGGCUCAAAUGUGUACAUCACGCCUGCGGGAUCUCAGGGCCUACCCCCCCAUUAUGAUGAUGUCGAGGUGUUCAUCCUGCAGCUGGAGGGCGAGAAGCACUGGCGCCUCUACCGCCCCACGGUGCCCCUGGCCCGAGGGUACAGCGUGGAGGCCGAGGACAGGAUUGGGAAGCCAACGCACGAGUUCACGUUGAAGCCCGGUGACUUGCUCUACUUUCCCAGAGGGACCAUCCAUCAAGCAGAGACCCCUCCAGGACUGGCCCACUCUACUCACGUGACCAUCAGCACCUUCCAGAACAGUUGCUGGGGAGACUGUCUUUUGGAUACCAUUCCUGGGCUUGUGUUUGAUAUUGCAAAGGAAGACGUGGCAUUACGGGCUGGCUUACCCCGGCAGCUGCUCCUGCAGGUGGAAAGCACAGCGAUCCGAAGGAGAUUAAGUGGCUUCCUGCGGAUGCUUGCAGACCGGCUGGAGAGCACCCAAGAACUGCUGCCCUCAGACAUGAAGAAGGAUUUCGUUAUGAACAGACUCCCGCCUUACCACGUGGGGGAUGGCACGGAGCUCUCAACACCAGGUGGAACGUGGCCACAGCUGGGCAGCAGAGUGAGCCUGCGGUUUAAAGAACACAUUGUCCUCACCGUAGGGCCCGAUCUGGAGCGAUCUGAUGAAACUCCAGAAAAGAUGGUUUACGUCUAUCAUUCCUUAAGGAAUAGGAGAGAGACACACAUGAUGGGAAAUGAAGAAACCGAGUCUCACGGACUUCGGUUUCCUCUGUCACAUCUGCGGGCCCUGAAGCAAAUGUGGAGCCAUGCGGCUCUUCCUGUCCAGGACCUGGAACUUCCUACAAAUGAGGAAAAGGAGAGUCUGGUGCUAUCCCUGUGGACGGAAUGUUUGAUCCAAGUAGUCUAAAGCUUUCGGAGAAUCAACCAUCUACUCUUUUUACAAUACUUAUUUUUAAAGCAGAAAAGGUGUAGGCGGUGUGCUAGGUAGACUGUUGCCUUGAGUCAGCAGGCUGAGUAGGGGAGGAAGAAUGGUUCUACAUACAAGCCAAGGAGAAGAUGUGCUGCCCCAGGGCUCUACCUCUAACCUACCUCUGCCUCCACACACCCUUGCUGAGAGGCGGGUCAGAUGGGCUAUGUGUACUAUCAGAGAAGCAAGGAAACUUUUGAUAAGUUUAUUUAAUCCAGUGUGAUAGAAAAGGCACAACUCCAAUAAAAUGUAUCAUUUAAAGUUAAAACGUA